UGUUGAAAAUCAUCCAGACACUGAACGAGAAAAUUGAAGAAACAAGACUUGAGUUUGGACGGGAAUUACGGAGCCUAAAAAAUAAGUCUUCCCGCCACGAUUCCGUACGCAACCGAGUUGAUGAUUUGCACAGCGACAUGGAAAACGAAAUAAAAAUGAUGAAAGAUCUGUCCGAUAAAGUCCAGAUAUUGGAGGGAAGCAUGGACAGCUUGAAUGGAAAGGUUGAUUCUAUGAAACAGAACAUAGAUAUGAUAGUCGGCGAUUUGAAAGCGUUGAAGUGUUCUAUGGACAAUUUCAAAAAAGAAAGCUAAGAAAUGGAUAAAGUUCGAGCUAAAGAGCAUGAAAAUCUGCGUAAAGACGUAGAAAUUAUGAAAGAAAAUCGAUGUAGAUCUGAGGUAUUGGAAUGUUUUGCUGCAGUUCUACAUGGCAAAUUUUUUGCUGAAGGAAACUACAACCAGAUUUUAACGGCGAAAUUCACCGCGAACCAAAAAGAAUUACACAUGGAAUUGAAGAUUGAAAUCAGUAAACAUCCAGAUAAUUUUGAAUUUGUGAAAAGUACCGUUGAGGAGCAUGGAGAAUCUCCCAGUGUCGACGAUGUGAAACAACUGCUCCUGGAGCAGGCAAUUACUCAUCCGGUUCUUGGAGCGAUGAUCGGAAACUACACAAAUCGCUUCAUCACUAAUAUCAACAAUAAUUCAAAUGUUCUGAUGUGAGGAAAUUUUCUCGACUUGAAUUGAUCGCCAUAUAAUUAAUGUUAAACAAU